AGGUGGCGCCUAAGACGCUGCGGGCUGUCAAGUGACAAAUUGAACAAAAUAAAUUAUACAUAAAAAAAGGCUUUUCCAUCAAGUUAUAAUGUUUAUAGAAUUUUCGAGUAACUUUGUUGCGUUGAAUUUCGUCAAAAACUGGAGGGUAAAACUAUUGUUAAAAAGAGCAUCGAAAUGUACUUUGCACGAGCUAAUAUGGCGGAGUGAGGUGCUGUCAAGUUGAGAACAUAAAUUACAUGAAAUAACGUUGCAUGUAACGAAGGUAAUGCUUGCGCGAGGAACAAUGACGGGGCGAGGAUCCAAGCGGCGUGGGAGGCCUCCCAAGUCGGUCGUCAUGGAGAGGCCCAAAAAAUUCCAGUACCAUCUGAUGAAGAAACCAAAAUACUUGCAAAACAAGGGUUCCGAGACACCGAAUUCGCAGCCCAGCACUCCGACCGCCUCCAGGGCCUCUUCUCCAGUGGAGAGCGAGGAGAGCCGACGUAGCACACGCAGUCGUAAAUCUCGCGGUGGAAGAGAUAAGCAUUCACGAAAGGGUGGACAUUCAGCCUCUGGUGCUUACCAACGCCGUGGAUAUAAUCCCAAUGUAGAUUAUCAUGAUUCCGAAUACCAUUAUGGUUCUGAUUUUGGAGAUGAAUCCAGUGAAAAGAGCGAGGUCGAGGAGGAUCCACUGCACAGUGAUGUUGAAUCCUCUGAGAGCAUCGAGGAGCCAGAUCCAUCCAGCGACAGUGAUUUCUCACUCUCUAGCUACAGUACGACCAGUGGAACACCGCGCAAGACUUUACUCAGUCAGCAGCGGCCUCCUAGUCCAGAGCCCUUAUGGCUACAGAAUCGCGAGUUGCCUCCACUUGUCCUACCAAAGUCUUCUGACGAUUUACUCGUUCCUAAGGAACUAGUUAUGCCUUCCCUCUCUGUAUACGAGGUACUUAGGCACUUUCGAACGCUCGUACGGCUAUCCUCAUUCAGAUUCGAAGACUUUUGUGCUGCUCUUGUCUGUGAGGAUCAGACUAAUCUACUUGCCGAGAUACACAUAAUGCUUAUCAAGGCCCUUUUACGUGAGGAAGACUCCCAACAAACGCAUUUUGGCCCAUUGGAUCAAAAGGACUCUGUCAAUGUUAGCCUUUAUUUCGUUGAUCCAAUGACUUGGCCAGAGGUUCUACGCUCCUAUGUCGAAAGUGACAAGGGCUUUGAUCAAAAUAUACUGAAUAUAUUAUCAACCUGUGAAUACCCAUUCACGGCCAUUGAAGACCGAAUAAAGGUACUACAGUUCCUCACGGAUCAGUUUCUCAUCACCAAUCCAGUGCGAGAAGACUUGCUACACGAAGGAAAUAUGCACUACGACGAUCACUGCAGAGUUUGUCAUCGCCUUGGCGAUUUGUUGUGCUGUGAGACCUGUCCAGCAGUAUUCCAUCUGGAAUGCGUCGAGCCACCGUUGGUCGACGUACCCACCGAAGAUUGGCAAUGCAGCAUCUGCAAGGCCCACAAGAUAACUGGUGUCGUCGACUGCAUACCGGAUGUCGAGAAAAAUGGUCUGCUCUGUCGUCAAGAACACUUGGGAUUUGAUCGUCACGGACGUAAAUACUGGUUCCUCGCGAGAAGAGUCUUCGUCGAGAGCGAAGAUGGAGACGUAUGGUAUUACAGCACGCCUUUGCAAUUCGAAGAAUUGAUGAGCAGCUUGGAUCGUAACGAGAUGGAAGUUGCGUUAUAUCGUGAAUUAUCCGAUUACAAGGACGAGAUCGUCCGACAAAUGCAGCUUACCGAAUCGAUAACAAAUCAAUACAAGGGAAACAAGAAAUCUUAUCUGGAAGUGGAAAAUGCCCUCAUACAGAAGACACAGAAGGAACGCCAAGAGAAGCGCGAAAGAGAGGAGGAAGAGAGGAAGGAGAAAGAACGUCAAGAAGCUGAAGACAUGGUAAGAAGAAUUCACGAAGGUACGGAUUCUCUGGAGGAACGUUUGGCAGCGGUCUCUGGUCAAAAUGAGGAGCCAUCGGUAACCGAAAAGACGGCGGACCGUCAAAAUACAGCCGAGUCGACAGGAGAGAAUAUGGAGGUAGACAAUGUUGACUCUGAGUUGACAGCCUCGAACGCUGACCUGUCCACGAAGAACACAAAAACGAGUACCUCCGUGUCAUCAUCCGAGGAAGUCGAAGAGGACCUCCUGGAAGGCGAGGAAGGGACCACAAAAAUUGGAAAGGAUGGCAAGAAACACACAAUCGUAACCAGGUCCAAAACAGGUUCUCUACAGCCACGUACCUUCAACAUGGAUGACCUCAAAAGACGCUCCACGGCCAUUCUCUCCAAGGAGGAACUGGAGAAGCUGGACAAGACGCUUAAGGAAGAAGGCGAUGGCACCAGACUCACUCGCCAAAAGGCCCACCAGAUAGCAUCCGGGACUCAUCUCUUUAAGCUGGGCAUGGACAACAACUACAAGUCCUAUGUGAAUCAGUACAGUACCAACGCCAUAGCAUUGAACAAAGCUCAGAGGAACGAGGAGCGCGACAAGAAGAGGCACUUGUCUCACAAAUUCUCACUGACUCAGGCCUCGGAGUUCAAAUGGGUCGGCAGCCUGACGGGAACUCGUGCUCUUCUUGUUAGCACGUUGCGCCAAACUAUCCUUCAGCUUGAAAGCAGCAUCCAGGCACCCUAUAUGCACACCAAUUGGCCAUUGCUAAGGAAACCCUGGACCACUGCUGUGGGAGCUUGUGUAAAUCCUAGGGACUUUGCGCGUGCUCUCAUCGUACUUCAGGCCUGCAUAAAAUCUGUGGUCUUUGCUAGUGUUUGGCACGAUCAACUUGGUCACGUUAAGCUUCAACGAGUAACCGCACUCGAACGAGAAGAGAAGAAGAGACUAGAUAAGAAGGAGAAGAAGGAAAAGGAAGACGAGGAAGAAAGAAAUCGUCUGACCUACAACUUCGUCAAGUACACACUGGGUCUUAAGCAUCAAGUGUGGAAGCAGAAAGGCGAGGAGUACAGAGUACACGGUCAGUGGGGUUGGCUCUGGGUAUCGGCUAGUAGAAGAUACAAAGUAGCUGACAUGAAUAAAAUGGGCCUGAGAGCAGGACCGCAGAAAAUUAUGGUUCAGAUCAGAGAUCAAGGAGGCCUUAAGAUCCUGGCUCUGGAUCCUCCUACGUACGAUUUCCUGAUUCAGGAAUAUUGUGGGACUAAGGAUGUGGAGAAGAAGGAAGAUAAAAAGGAUUUAAAGAAGGAAAUCAUAGACACCAGUGCGAGGAUCAAGGAAGAAAUUGAAGAAGAGCAGCCAUGUAAAUUUAGUGAAAAUGUCAAGAUUAAGAAAGAGUGCAAUACCGAUAACAUUAAAAUGGAACAGAAUGUCGAAGUGAAGAAAGAUACAGAUGAUACAUUAACUACACCGAAAACAGAACCUAAUAAGGAAUCCAAGAUGAAGCUGUCGAUAUUAGCCGGAAUGAAAAUAGAGAAGGUAUUCCCUCCCAUAGAACGCUUCGAAGAAAUUGACAUCACUAAAGCUCUGACCACACCGGGACGACUGCAUUAUCCGAAGAUUGCAAGAAAGACUAGAAUAGAUGAUUUUCUCGCUCGAAGAACUCACCUUAAGGUUCUCGAGCAGAGAAAACUCAUUCAGUCAGAGAGAACGAAAGAAGUCGUCAGUCAAUCUGGAAAUCAAAAGAUUCCUGAGGGCGAAACUGACGUUGACAUAGAGACUAACGAAGAGAGCGAUACCGACGGUGCCGACGUGUCCCUCCAAAAUAUUCUUUCUGGAAAGCAAAUAAAUAAAAGCAUCUCUCCGUCCGCAAAGGAAAUGCUGAUUGCCAUUGGCAAGCGUAUCCAACAAGUGAGGAAUCAAUAUGCAAAUAUAAUAAGUCUUGGAAAGAACGGUAGCUGUUAUUCUCGUUAUUGCAACAUGACUACACCAGGAAAAACCACCUUGGGGAAUCAAAGUUUGACAUCUACCUGUUACUCGCCUAUUUGCCUACAGAAAGUCAGAUUGAAGCGAGAAAUGAUCUCGUUGAUUCGUAAAGCUAACAUACUAAAUAAUAAUCAAACAUCAGGCAAUGUAUGUUCGACUGCGAUCAGUUCAAUUUCUCAAAAUUCACAAGCUGGCUCGAAGGCUGAUUCUGGUGACGAAGCAAAGGAUGCUAUUCGAAGGGAUUUGGAAUCAGCUGUGGCACUGGCUACUCAUUGUACCGAAGAAGUUCAAGCUACCAAUGUGAAUCUUGAUAAAACUAUGGAUUCUGAUGAUGGACCUACGAAACCUGCCAAGAGGAUUAAACUGGAAUCUCCAUCGGAUCUGGACAGUGAAGUGAAUCCUGUGGAAGUGGAAACUGUCGUCACUACAACCAGUAACGUUGUAACGACAACUAGCGUAACAACGACUCAACAAAUUACUAAAACUGUUGAUGGUGUUGUUCAAAGUACCAAGGAGAGUAUUACGUCACAGAAUUCCGUUGCAGUAUCCUCAGAAGUGAAAACAAGUAAUCUCAGUAAUGCGGGCGUCAAGACAAUGAUCGUUAACCGACGUGGACGAACCGUACAGAGAAGUACAAUGGCUCGGGAAUUAAAUGCCGACGGUACAGAAAGAAUUUACUCAGCGAAAUCAAGUGAAGGCAAAGUUUACUUGAAGAAGGUUGCCAUUUCCUUAGCAGAUCGAAGGAAAAAACGAACUCCAGUGAAAUAUCCUCUCUGCUCUACAUUCUGUACUAAAACUAAGCAUCGCAGUAUAUUACUCUUACCACAGCACGAGCUACGAAAACUAGCACGUGUUGGUGGUCGCAGCCCAGUGCAAGGAUUCCAUCACAUGGCCAAGGCUAACAUGUCAGUAUGGCCAUACCCGUGUCCCAGACCAUUAUUUAAAACUUGCUGGUUAUAUCGUACUGUGGGUCUGAAGUCUCUGGCCGCAGCAGCCAUACAAUUGAGAAUUUUAUGGGCUUGUCUACGCUGGGACGAUAUGGCUGCCAAACCAUUGUCCUCUGAUGGUAAACAUCAAAUAACAACAGACACGGAGAUCAUGUCUUUAGAAAUUCUGAAGCAUAGACACGUUGGCCAGUUCAUGGAUAGGACGCAAUAUAUGCGAAGAAAAGUAGUCAUCCCUCUGGAAUUACCAAAGCAAGUCCGAGAGGUGACGUCGAUACGAAGUGGUCUUAGAAAAAGAAAACGUCCUGAAUCACCCCAGAGCACGGAGCCCCAGGUGACCGAGGAAUGGGUCGACGAAGACAAACUUGAGCUCUGGGAGAUAAAACAAUAUGGUGAUAGGUUAGAGAAGGCUAAUGCCCAGAUUAUUACUAGGAGUCGGUCUGGCGUGCCACAGAAUGUCGUGGUGGGUAGUAACAGAGGAACAGGGUCAGGUACGGGUUUGGGUGAUCAGCUGGUAAGUGGCAAAGCCACCCCCGAGGAAAUUAAGGAGAAGAUGGAACAGCAGCUUCGCAUACAGCGAGCUGCUCAUCAGCAAAAGCGUGCUCUUGAGACGCUCAAGAGUCCUGCUAAUCCAACAACAGUCGGCACGCUCGUUAAAGUCACUGCGAAUUCCGGUCCAGACGGUACUGUGAAGGUCGUCUCGAAAGUUGCUAUACCUGCCAGUCCCAAUGCUGGUCAAGGAAAGUCACAGCUUACCUCGCUACUCACUACGCCCACGCAGAAUAAGACUUUCUUGGGUACCCGUCGUAUUUAUAUGACGAAAUCUUCGGACGGAACGACUCGUGUGGUUUCCGGGCCGACUAGCAUUCUACCAAAGACGGCUCAGUCGCAAAAUCAACAGUCACUUAUCAAGGUUCCUGGGCAGGCAGCUACCGGAAACACGCCCGUUCAACAUGUGCAGCAAAGAGUGCAGAUAUUGCGAGGGCCAGAUGGAAAGUUGCAGGUGCGCGGUCUUAUGCCUGGUCAGCAACUGGUACAAAUGCCUGAUGGAAAGCUUCACGUGUUGAACACGGGUCAGGCUAUAGCAACAACCCCCACCCAGCAGACAUCAACAGCCACGGGAACAACGACAACGCAGAGUGCUGCUAAGACAGCUGGUACUUCCAAUGCAAGCAAGGCAGUAACAGCGGCCACUGGGACUCCCAUUAAGAGUACACCUACGAAGACUACUACAAAUCAAGCUCAAACACCUCAACAGGCUCAGCAGCAAGUUGUACAAACUACACAAAGAGGAAAGGGUACAAUGGUCAACGUUAAUGCCACGGGUGUUCAACCUCAAAAGAAUACAAUUGUCGUUGCGAACACUGGACAGAUCGUGUCGGGAGCUCAGGUGAUGACAACCGGUGGUCAGAUAAUAAAUGCCAAUCAGAUAGUAGUGAACAAUGUCAACUUGGCUCAACAGUUGGCUUCCGGUAAGGCCCAACUGGCUACCAUAGGAGGCCAGCAGGUUGUGAUACGGAGUACACCAACGGGCAAUCAAAUUGUACAAUUGAAUUCAGCUAACAGUGGAAUAAUCGUGAAGAAUGCUGCGACGCCUACCAAAACGCAAACAGCUACGGCACAAACGUCUCAAGGAUCGCCUACUGUAUCCCAGGCUGCAGAAACACCCAAUAGUAAUGCCGUUUCCAAUACAACUACCGUCACGACACCGAGCACUCCAGCUGUGACGAAUACGACACCCGCGGCGCCAGCUCCUGGAAGCGUCGAAGCGUCACUGUUGGCAGGUCAACCUCCGGGCACUGUUAUCAAGUGUGUCACGGCACAGGUUAUUCAAACGACGCAAGGGCCUAGGAUCGUUCUUCAAGGCCUCCAGGGUGCUGACUUUACUCCCCAGCAACUAGCCAUGGUUCAGCAACAAGUAAAACAGCAAUUACUGAAAGCCCAAGCGACUACCGGAAAGCAGGGUGUCUUGGGACCUACCAAAAUAUAUCUAGCUGUUCAACCAGCGCCCGGAACGUAUUCUCCGCAAGCACAAACCAAUCAAACUUCUAGUACUCCAGGUACACCAAGUGCUCCUACUUCGAAGCAACAGACGCAACAGCCUAUGGUGUCGCCACCAUCUGCGACAGUGCCUCCGCUAACUUCAUCUCAAAUGGAUUCAGGUACCAUUCCAUCUCAAUCUCAAGCAGCGACAGCAAGCACACCGGAGAAGCCGAAGGUCGUCGUGCAACAGGUUGGACGACCCGGUAGCACUGCGGAUGCUGCGGACACUCCGAGAACUAGCAUGGCCAAUGGUCAACAACCAUCUCAAGAUGCUAAUCAAUCGUCGUCCAAUAAGUUUAUUCUGACUCCGGACUACAUACAACAAACGAUAAAGAAUGCUCUUAAGCAAGAGAAUCUGAAUCCUGAGAUAGAGGAGAAGCUUCUGCAGCUACAACGGUAUCAAGAGAAACAAAUGAAGGGUGGAACCACAGCGGGAACAGGUGCAACAGGAGGUUUGGAGAGUUCAAUCGCCAGCCACCAGGGUCAUCAUAACACCCCGACGAUGACGGUGACACCACGUGCGCCUUCGCGCAAGAGGCCUGCACCCUCGCACAUUCCAUCGGUAACGACGCCCACCACGACCCUUUCGACGGUGAACGACAAGGACACCGACUGGAUCGAAAGCCCCAGGAAAAAGCCAGUUCCUAAGCAAGAGUACCGAGAUCUGUCCAAGGUGCAUAAACUGUCAGAAGCACUGGAUACCGAAUCCUCUCCGAAAAAUCGAGCUGGAAAGAUAAAGGACACGCAGGAGCAACGUAGAAAGCAGCAGGUCCAUUCGCGAAUGCAAGUUUUGCUAUUUAGGCAUAAGGAACUCCUUAAGAAGGACAUACUUAAGAAGAGAGCGUUACUGGAAAAGGAACUGCAAAUUGAUAUACAGAAGGACCUAUCGGCCGAGUUAGCCACCAGGACGAAGGCUGAGAGACACAAGCAGGACGAGGUUAAAGUGGGGAGUGCAAAACGUAAAGCCAACGCUCAAGCUGCGCAACACGUCAGUCCACCGACCAGAGGCGGUAGACCAAAGAAACAUAGAUCCCAGAGUAACAGUACAACGCCACCUGGUGCGUCAUCUGCUGUUGCUGCUAACCGUAUCAAGAAGGAGAAGCUCUACUGUCUCUGCAGAACGCCUUACGACGAGACCAAGUUUUACGUUGGGUGUGAUCUCUGCAACAACUGGUUCCAUGGUGAUUGCGUUGGCAUUACUGAAGAGAUGAGCAAAUCCUUGUCGGAAUUUGUUUGCACCGAGUGCCGACACGCGCGAGACACCCAGGAACUUUACUGUCUUUGCAAACAACCCUACGAUGAAUCUCAGUUUUACAUAUGCUGCGACAAGUGCCAGGAUUGGUUCCAUGGACGUUGCGUUGGUAUUUUGCAAUCUGAAGCUGACAAUAUCGACGAGUACGUUUGUCCCAAUUGCCAGAGGAAUUCUUCAGUUAAUUUCGCAAACAUGAAGAACCUUAACGCCAAGGAUCUAGAUCUUCUGAAGAAACUGAUAAAGCAGAUACAGGGUCACAAGAGUGCUUGGCCUUUCAUGGAACCUGUGGAUCCAAACGAGGCUCCUGAUUAUUACAAAGUUAUAAAGGAACCCAUGGAUCUACAAACCAUAGAACUAAGAAUAAACGAUAAAUCGUACAAGAAACUGAGUGAAUUCAUUGGCGACAUGACUAAGAUAUUCGACAACUGUCGCUACUACAAUCCCAAGGAGUCGCCUUUCUUCAAGUGCGCCGAAUCUCUCGAGACUUACUUCGUCCACAAGAUCAAGAGUCUCAGGGAAAAGUUCUCCGAAGGAAAAUGAGCGAUCACGUUUAUACUGGGUGUCGUCAAUUGUAAAGAACGUCGAGUCGCGAAUAAAUGCGUGACAGAACGAGUCGCCGUUAUCGAGCAGUAGUGCAGUGUAUCCAGAAAUGAUCUGUGCCAGUACACGAGGAAGAGACCGAGACUCGAAAUAGACAUAAGUACGUAAGGCUAGCCCAUACAGAUACGUUGACUUAUUAGAGUUGUGUGAACGUUUCACUCUAAACUUCAUAAAAACACGACCUUCUUACGAGCUCGAAAACUCAUUCCGAAUCAAUCGGACCUCCUGAAGCAUCAGGAUCCAUCCUUCAAUGGAUAAUAAUCCCAGUUACGAGAUAUCCUACGAGUCUUUUAUUUCGUCCUUACGUGUAUCUCUUAUUUUUCUUUCUGUGCUUCGAUAACACGCUGUAUCGCCAAUGACAUUUAUCUUGAUUCAAAGAACAAAAAGCUCCUAUUUGACAGUCUGACCAUUCUCGCGUGAAAGUUUCAACGUUUACGUCACUCGAGUAUUCAUCUGCUUUGUUAUGUGAUUACGUUUUUCAAACAGUUUUUCGCAUCUUCGCCAAUUGUACAUAAUCAAAUAUGGGAAAGAUGGCGAAACGACCCACGUGUUUCUCCGUACAUAAUUUCUCUAUGUCAAUGUAGAAGAUAUACAUUGAAUUUCACGAGUGACGAAUAUCUCUUAUAGAAUUUGUCCUUUAUUUUUCUUUUUUUUUUCUUUUUUUGUAAAAAGUUGUUACAGCGAUUGAUUACAAGUCGUGCGAUAUCUCGGAUACGUUACUCGCUUUGAAAUCAAUGAAACGGUUAGAAAUAAAAAUGGAAACGAUUCACACGGCGCUACUAUUGUACAUCUACUUGGUGGACAUGUAUGUAUAGAUAUGCAUGUUAUAUACAAUAGAUACAGGUAUAAUACUGAGUCAGUGCCCACUGGGCACUUAAAGUGUCGAUCACGGAGUUUAAAAGGUUAAUUAAUAAUGAUACUGAAAUAUUUUUUUGUGAGACCGACGAGAGUCAGGCGAUACUUAGGCGGGAGAUUUAAACGCGAUCGUAAAGACACUACAGUAUGAAAGGAAGAAACGGCGUUGUGUGUGCGUGUAUGAGAGUAGAGAAAGUGGGAAAAAAAGAUGCGCUACAGUGAGAAGUUCUUGUCUUGCAGGAAAAUCACUAAGUAAAAACGAAAAGAAAAAAGGCAAAAUUCUGUCGCCUCCCAUCAACCCCUAUUCUUCAGUACUUCGUUGUGUAUCGCGUAUCAUCUUCAACCCUUUUCCCUCGUGAAAACAACAAAAAAGAAUUGGGUCACGUGUAAAAUAGCUGUAAGACCAUUAGGACGCGCAUAAUAAAUUGUACAAAUUUGUUUAUUAUGCUCACAAGUAAUUAUUAUUACUUACGUUGUUUUAAUCACAUAAAUUUUCUAUGAAAUUGUUUAUAAACGAGACAUAUGAUGUUAGGUCGUAAGGCGUGGGCAGAUGGUUUCUGCUUUGUAAAUAAUACAGCUAGAUUGUGUGAGAGAGACGGUUAAAAAAGAAAGAGGAGAACCGAAUACCAAGAGCUUCGUUUAAUUGAAAAUAUUAAUUAACUUCACAACAACGACGAUGACGAGGAUACACCGAGGAUCAUAAAGGAAAACCAAGAUAAACUUCUUUUUUGUUUUUAUUAGCCAACGGAAAUGUCAAUCCGUCUUAUUGACGAUUUAUUGCAGCAUACUAAAAUACGAUGAAGAAAAAAGAAACGCGUUGCAUUCUGAGUUUUCAUGUAUUCUCAAAGAAUAUUGCGAUACGUACCUUAAUAGCUGUAGAAUAAAUACCAUUCACGGACUUGACAUACAGUAAAGUGUUAGAGAAUCGAAAAAUAGGAAUCCACGUUAUUUCUUUAUUCAAGCGGCUUCGGAGUCAAGUGAUUUAAGAAUGAAAAAAAGAAUCAAGACAAGAUACAAAAAUUCGUUACUAACCAUUAGAAUUUCUAUUGAAACGUGUAACCCACCGGAAUUAAAGUUUGUACGGAAAAUUCAACAGCGGCGACCCGGAAAUCAAUACGUUUCGUGUAUGUCGAGCUCCUUUACUAAACAUACGAGAAAUCUCAUGAUUAAUAGAAUGUCCAAGUACAUAUAUAUAUAUAUAUAUAUAUAUAUAUAUUAUAUGUAUAGCUUUUUUUAUUGGUCAACUUUUUCCCUUUUCCUCAAAGACGAGCAAUCCAAAUUCUUUACUUCAAUGAAGAUGACGAUUAUAAGGAUAACAAUGAUGACGUACUCUAAUUUUAGGCAAAUCUUUUUUCUGCUAUCUCCAUAGAGAUAAAAGAAUAUUUGUAACAACUUGCACGAGGGACAGAGAGAGAAAGAGAGACAGUUUGUAAAAUUAAAGCCAGGAUGGACACGCUUGUACAGUAUUUUUAAUUCGGCAUUGCAAAAACCUGGCGCUCCAUCUGUCUUUUCUUUUUUUACUUCCGACUUUCGGUUACUGUAGUUCUAUACCGUAUCUUGAUGAAGUUACAUGUUUACCUUCACCAAGGUUUAUACAUGGUGGCAACAGUAUUGGGACUGAACUUCUGAUUGGGUUCGUACGCGAACAGCAGAUUAAAAAAAGUCCUUUGCAAAUUCAUCCGUUUUGCGCCAUAGUAGUUCCUGGAGACAUACAUGUACGCAUAUUCGUGAUACGUUAUACUCGCUUUUUUUUCUUUGUUUUAUUAGCUUAAGAAAGCGCCGCGAUAAUAGAUAUGACAGCGACGGAAAGUGAGUGAAAGAAACGAAUAAAUAUAAUUGUACGUGUGUCGUGUAAGGGAGUCGAGCCAUUUUUCUUGAAGUGAAAGAAAAAAAAUAGAAACGGAGACAAGAGGAAUUCGUUCUUAACGAUUUCAAGAGCACAUUUGUGCUUUAAUUUUUAAGCCUCGCCGCGCAGUCCUUUCCAGCGAAGACAAGAAUAAGAAGGGCUCCUUAAUGAUAUCGCAUGGCUUUUAUGAGUGGCUAGGGAAUAACUUUGCAUCUUGGAAAGAAAAGAAAAAGAAAGAAAAAUUAUUCCUUGCUGAUGAGCUGCUCGUAAAAUGCGUACAAAUACGGGGAAGAGAAUUCAGGCAGCCAUUCUUCUUUAUUAUGUUGUUGUACCCACGGAUGUCGUGGUCGGAAUUCAAAUCUGUAAAACUAUUCUUAAAAUCAUCAAUAAUCUGCUGCCCUCUUCCCCAUCCACCCUACACUGUUUAUUAAUCAUGUAAUAAGGUGUUUAUUUUCAUUCGAGAAAACAAAAAAAAGCAACAAAGUGUGAUUACCUAACUAUAUUCAUCCGAACCUAAUAUUACAUAGUUUAUAAUAAAUAUAUUUGUACUAAUUUUAA